AUGAUGGCGGAAGAACACUGGUCAACGUCGCCAAACCCCCCUCUCGAGCGACCAGCAAAUGGCGAGAAAGGAUCCGAAGAGGAAUAUGCAGGGCACAACGGCAUACUGAGAUCGGCCCAGGCGUCAUCAACAGGCUCGCUCAAAGCAGAUGACGGGGCAGAGAAUUUCAAACUGUCAACUCGAUCAUGGCUCGUCUUCAUGACUCUCGCUACUCUCACCUUGAUGGUGGCCCUUGAUGGUACCUCGAUAUCUGUUGCUUUGCCGGUGAGUCUUUUCUGGCAAAUUACCCGUCUAAAGUUGACUGGCUCGCCGACACUAAAUCUAUCUUAUCAGAUCAUCGCCUCCAAGCUCCAUGGAACGGCAAUUGAAGCGUUCUGGAGUGGAACAUCGUUUCUUCUCUGCUCAACCGUGUUCCAACCCACGUUUGCAUCAUUAUCCAAUAUUUUCGGCCGCAAACCCUUAAUUCUCACGGCAAUUGCGUUUUUCUUGGCCGGGUCCCUUGUUGCCGGCCUGGCGCAAAAUUUUACCCACAUGCUGGUUGGACGGUCAAUUCAAGGAGUUGGAGGCGGCGGCCUGAUUGCCCUGUCUGAAAUCAUUGUGACUGAUCUGGUUCCCUUGAGACUUCGAGGCCAGUACUUUGGUAUUCUUAGCGCCAUGUGGAGUGUAGGAUCUGUUACUGGACCGAUCUUGGGCGGAGGAUUUUCUCAAGAUGUCUCCUGGAGAUGGAUCUUCUAUAUUAACUUCCCUUUCAUUGGGUUCGGUAUCGUUUUUGUCAUCCUUUUCCUAAAACUCAACUUCCUUCCCUCGUCACUGAUGUCUAAACUCCGGCGGAUCGAUUACGUUGGUUCAAUCAUCUUCAUUGGAAGCGCAACAUCUUUUCUGAUCCCAGUCACUUGGGGAGGAGUGAUGUAUCCCUGGGACUCCUGGAGAACGCUUGUGCCACUGAUUGUCGGUGCAGUCGGCCUGAUUGCGUUCUUCGUCUAUGAGACUUAUUUCGCGGCUGAGCCCAUGAUCCCCAUCACCAUCUUCGCCACUCGCACGGCUAUUCUGACAUAUAUCGAAACCGUGCUGCACGGGCUUGUCCUUUGGUGUGCGCUCUACUACAUGCCUCUUUACUAUGAAACAGUCAAGGAGUACUCCCCAAUCCUCGCAGGCGUCAGCUUAUUCCCCUUAUCCUUCACCGUGGCUCCCUCCGCCGCUAUCGUUGGCAUAGUCGUUACCAAAACAGGCCACUACCGUUGGGCCAUUUGGGUCGGAUUCUUCUUCGCCACUCUCGGUACGGGCCUGUUCUGCGUUCUCGACGUGCACACCAGCAUAGCAGGAUGGAUCUUCCUGACACUCCCCGCCGGCCUGGGUCUAGGUAUGCUCUUCCCUUCCCUUGCCUUCGCGAUCCAAGCCUCCGCUCUGAGCGGGCACAUGUCUAUCGCCGUCGCGAUGUUCAGCUUCUUCCGCGCCUUCGGACAGGCCAUCGGCGUGGCCAUUGGAGGUGUCAUAUUCCAGAAUCAAAUGCAUGAGAAUCUGCUUCGAUAUCCCGACCUCGCGCCGCUAGCGGGUGCGUACAGCAAAGACGCGGCCGGGCUGGUGCAGAUCGUCCGCGCGAUGCCUGCGGGGAUGGAGAAGGAUAAUUUGAAAGAAGCGUACACGGAUAGUUUGCGGAUCGUGUACGCGGUGUGCACGGCGCUGAUCGGGGUUGCGGGGGUGUUGAGCUUGUUCACGGAGUCGUAUGAUCUGAACAAGGGGAUUGAUUCGGAGCAGACCAUACGCGAGAAGAAAAGCAGGGAUGCUGAGGUCGCCGCGGAGAAAUAGGCUUCCGUCUUCUUCUCCUACUUCUCGCUCAAACCUGGUGGUGUUGUUCGGAGGGGGCAGCAAUUGGCGUUUCUAUGAGGAUUCUCCCUGUACAUUUCCCGAUUGCACGAAGUUCUCCACUCGGAAUACUGGUGUUUUUGAAUGGCGUUUUUAAGGACUCGGGGCUAAGGUCGUCACGUAUUUCCUUCCUCUGCUUUGAACUACCCCCUUUUCUUUUUUUUACCUUUUUUUUUUUUUUAUUUUUAUUUUGCAUCUGUCUAUAGAGGCUUUCGCAUGAAAGAGGAUAGACAUAGACAUAGGUUAAUAAAAAUUAAUCAAC